GUUCUUGAUAUUUGAUCAGUUCUCUGGAUAUCUGUGUGACUGAAGUCAGUCUGGAAUGAGGGCUGCCAUCAUCAUCUUCAUCUUCAUCACUCUCUGCCUGAUCUCAGGUCAGGUACUUUGUUUCAGAGUGAUUGGAUGCUCUGGAGGGAGUUUGAUGUUCAAGUGCAUGAUCUCAAACCAGAGAAAGACUGAGAAACAGCAUAAAGGAAAUUUUUUCAGCAGACAGGAGGGAAAUAUAUCAGGCAUCAGUACUGAGAUUCAGCGUCAUUGGGUUUAUAACGGGAGAUUCACUCUGUAUGAUGAUGAAAACAGCAGAUUCUUCACAGUGUUUAUCAGGAACCUCAGCAGAGAGGAUCAUGGGAAAUAUACAUGUGGAAACAAUCAGAAAUGGAGUCAUGAUUUUGACUUAAAGGUGAACAACGAGUCUGGCUGUGGGACGUCUGUUAUCCUGGACAAGUAUGUUGGACAAACGAUCACUUUCCACUGUGAAUAUGAUAAGUUUGAAACACAUACCAAAGUCUUCUACAGACUGAAAGAGGGUCCUGUCCAUGUGCUGAACAGCUCACAAUCAUCACAAUCAUCUGAGGAGAAGAUCAUUCUGUCUGACAGUCGUGAAGAUCAUUUUAAUGUGACCAUUAGAAACAUUUCUGCAGACGACGGAGGAGUUUAUUUAUGUGGAGUGGAGAGAGACGGAUCAGAUCCAUCACUUGCUCGCAUAACCUUCAUUAAAGAGAUUCAGCUGAAUGUUUAUGGUGGAAUCGCUUCUGUCCAGGUUCAGGCCUACUCCAGUAAAUCAGUCUUCAUCACGUGUAAAUUUCCACAAGAGUUCAGAAGAAACAAGAAAUUCAUCCAGAAAGAUUCAUCACAGAAGAUUAUUGUUGAUGAACAGAAUCAAUGGGUCCGUCAUGAUAAAGUUCACAUGUAUGAUGAUUCCAGUGAAGGACUUCUGAAGGUUUUUAUCAGUGAUUUAACAGCGGCUAAUGAAGCAACGUACAGGUGUGGAGUGAAUAUCGCUGAUGAUGAUCUGUUCACUGACGUCAAACUGACAGUAAAUCAAGUUGAUCAUUUUCGUACAUCAAGUAAAGCAUCUGCUGUUAUUGGUGAAAGUGUGAAACUCACCUGUGAUUUCCCUGAGAAACACGGCGAGACCUUCAAACACAUCUGCAGAGAGAACGAGCAGAAGAUAUGUGAGAACAUCAGUUCAUCAGAGCAGAAACGCUUUGAGUUUUCUGUCAGUUCAGCAGGAGUUUUUACAGUGAUCAUCAGUAAUGUGAGCGAGAGAGAUGCUGGAGUUUACUGGUGUGGAGCAGAAACCAGAGACACACAUCUGACUUCUGUCUCUCUCACCAAUCAACAUCACCUCACUGUGACCAUGCCUCCAGUGGUCGGACGUGAAGGAAAUUCAUCAGAGAUCAAAUGCCCUUAUAAUGCAAAACAUUCAAGUGAAGUAAAGCAACUUUACAAAGGAAAGUGUUUCACUAAAGAUGCUCAAAAUAUCAUUCAAUCAGAUGAAGCUAAAAAACCAAAGAUUUCAGCAAAGGAUGAGCCUGAACUCAAUCUCUUCACUGUGACCUUGAGUGAGCUGAGAGCAGAGGAUGCUGGGAUAUACUGGUGUGCAGUGAGAGAUGAGUUUAAUCUUCACACUGAACUCAUGAUCGUCAUGAAAGAUGCGGUCACUCGUGAAGCGUCUGUUGGAGGAUCAGUGUCCAUCAGCUGUAAGUUCUUCAGGAAUCACAAGAGUCUCCAGAGGUCGUUUUGCAGAGGAGAUCAGCCGAACAUCUGUGUCCGAGACGGAGUUCGUGUUUCAUCGAAUAAGAGAACAAAUGGCCGAUUCUCUCUGACUGACGAAACCUCAGCUGGAGUCUUUACUGUGAACAUCACCGAUCUGACAGAAGAGGAUUCUGGGAAAUACUGGUGCGCAGAGGAGAGUUCUGGGUCGUUCAUAUUCACUGAAGUUCAUCUACAUGUGAUCGGAGAAACGACGACAUCUUACACUGAAAGAGAAACAUCCCAGGACAAAGAAAAAUCUGAAACAACGAAAUCUGACACUGAAAGAGAAACAUCCCAGGAAAUCUCUGAAAUGACAUCAUCUGAAACUGAAAGAGAAACAUCCCAGGACAAAGAAAAAUAUGAAACGACGACAUCUUACACUGAAAGAGAAACAUCCCAGGACAAAGAAAAAUCUGGUGAUCUGAGUAAAUCUGACACUGAUAGAGAAAUAUCCCAGGAUAAAGAAAAGUCUAGCUCUUUUGUGAUAGUUGCUGUUUCUGUGGGUUUGAUCCUGCUGGCUGUGUGUUUAGUGCUCGUGUUGCUCAAAAUAAAAUACAACCGUAAACACGGAAUCAUUUCAUCAUCAGACAGAAGAGAGACAGGAGAUCGUGAUAUGGCUCAAGAAGAGAUUCAAGACACAGAUCAUCUCUAUUCGACUGUCCAGUUAAACACAGUCCUCUCUGAUUCACAGAAUCCCCUUUACUCGACAGUACAAUUACCCACAAACCCCUCUGAUUUACAGAAUCCACUUAACUCUACAGGACAGUUACCCAUAAUCCUCUCUGAUUCACAGAAUCCACUUUACUCGACAGUACAAUUACCCACAAACCCCUCUGAUGGACCCCUGUAUUCUGCUGUCAGUUUCCAGAAGCAUGAAGAGUCUCUCAGUGACGCUACAGUCACCAUCAGUAAAAACGAGAUUCACUCUGAUUAUGCAUCUGUCAAACACAGCAUAACUAAUAUUACAGUUUAGUUUUUAAUUCAAAUCAAGAAUCAUGUCAGUGACUGAAAAUAUAAUGACUGAGCAACAAUCAUUCAGCUUCAUUAAGCAAAUUAUAUAGCAGUUGGCGACACCUACAGGUCACUGUUGGGAAACGUUGACUUCUGUUGUUGUUAUUUUUUUUGUUUUUGUUUUUGUUUUUUUUUAUCUUCAAUCUUUGUGAGCAUCAGUUCAUCAGAAGUGAAGCAUUAUGUUGUGAGCAAUAAGCCAAUCUGUGAUGAGCGCUGCAGCUCGGAUCAAGAGAAAGAAAAUAUCUGUAAUAACAAUUUAUCAUUAUAAAUGUACUUGAUGUCAUACAUGUCAGUGUGUUUUACUGGGAUGUGAUGUUUAUCACGCUGAGAAAAAUAAGCCUCAUUUACAAGCCUCCUUUGCUAACUUUAAUAUAUUUUAGAAAUGUGAACCUGUAAAUAGAUAUUUAAAAAUGUAAUUACAUUACUUAACUAAAAAAAGUACUGUGACUUGCCAAUACUGAGCAGCAGAAUAUAUAU